AUGUCAGAUGAUAAGAUGGAGGUGAAGGAGAGCGACAUGGAGGAGGCCGAACAAUCGAUAGUGAUGGGUGUUGUGCGAGAAGCUCAACGAUUGUACAACAUUGACAAGGACGUGGCUGCAUUCAUCAAGGAGGAAUUGGACAAGCAAUUGGGAGCCACGUGGCAUAUCAUAUGCGGGAAGUGUUUCGGCUCUCGAGUUUCUUAUGAGAUGGGACAUUUUCUGUUGUUGAAAUGCAAUAAGGUGGGGCUACGGCCUUUGACUUGUCGUUACUUCGUGAUAUAG